GAUUGAUCAAAAGGAGUUUGCUUCUUCCGAAUGGCAAUAUUCGGCAGUUCCGUCGUCGGCGUCUACGAAAAUAGCAUCCGCAUAUGGCAAUGCGUGGCUAUGCACUUUUGAUCCCUUGUCGGUUCUCAUGCGUAUAUGUAAUUGGGUUGAAGAUACAUGCGGCGACAGCGGGACAUCACUUAUUCUCCGUGGCCUGAUCUUGAUGUUGACCGCCCAUUCUUAUAAGCGAUAGGUUUCUUGUUCCAACCCAAUCUUUUCCCACAUCCCCGAUAUCUUAUACACAUGACCCUUUUUCCCAUUUGACUUCCUUACCCUGCCUCAGUCGUGGUGGACGUUCACUUAGAUAUCCUACGUGUGCUUGAAAACUCAGGGAUCUAUCUGGAUGGUACGCUCCUUGCACACACUUCUCCAUAGAUAUCUCUCCGCAUUCUGCAUUGUACUUUAUGCAUUUCUCCCAUCCUGUCGUGCUCGUAUUAAUAUUCUUCCGACCGAGCGCACCCUCUACAACGCAACGGAUCCGAUGAUACAAUGGACCCCUUCUCUGGACGAUUCCGACACUUGGUCACCUAUUAGUGCAGAUGGAUUCAGUGGCGUGGAGACGACUAACAGCACCGCAACAGCAAGUUUUACACUUCAGGGAGCAGACGCAACGUUAAUCACUUUAGAUCAACCUAACUUUUACUCUGUCCUUGUAACGGUUGAUACAAGACAAUUACGCGUGAACCUCUCCGAUGACCACUUUCAACGAGGCGUAAAGAUGACCCCGAUACCCAUCGACAAUACAGGAGUUUCUUUACCAAAAAACCGUUCAAUUGUGAUUCAGGAAGACACAAGUCCCGGCAUGAAUAAUAAUGGAUGGAAUUUGCUAGGAAUCAGUAUUGCACCAGCCUUCGUUGUUUCUACUUCAACGCAACCGAUAACGACGCUACCUGCGAUCCCACAAGAAUCCGUAACAUCACCUACGCAAGAACAAUCCACGACACCAUCUGUACAGGUACAAUCCAAUGGAUUGUCUGCAGGAGGGAAGGCUGGUGUUGUGAUCGGAACCCUGUCCGGUGUCUCACUUGUUGGACUGCUCUUUGUCUGUCUUCGUCGUCGCCAGCGCCAAAUGGCAGAGGUCGCGCCUGAGCCGUUAGUGAUCACUCCGGUGGCACCGCCCAGGAGAGAUCGCUCGCGUUUUCAACGAAUAUAUUCGGAACGUCUCCCGCACUUUACAGCCCCAUCCUCGAUUUGGCCGACCAGUAACCCUCGAGCCAGCACUUGGAUCGAUUCACCUAAUCCAGCUAUCCGCCAAGUACAACGAGAAAAGCUUACGCCUUUACCACUUCCUGCGAUUGCGCCACAAGUUUUAGCUCCCUCGCCACCAAGACAUAGCCAAUCACGUCGAAACAGAUUGUCGCAGUUCUUCGUCGCAAACCCAUCGAGUCAUUCGAGUCGCUCGGCUCGGUCACUUUCGUUUAAAAAUCUGCGGAUCCUGCCAGAACGCGUUAUUUCGGAGAAAGCCGAUCCAGCUCUGGUUAAGCCAACACCAUGGACCCCCUACGUGGGCGAGAAACGCUCACCCGAGAUGCAGGAAGUUAGGCGAGCGGAGAGGGGUAAGAAGGGAGCGGUAGAUUUUGAAAUUGAUCCGGCUCCGCCAAGAGCAUCGCGUAAACGAUCAUUGCGUCGCUUCUUUUUCACAACCAACCCAAAUCCUUCGACUUCUUCCUCCUCUUCAGCAUCAUCUUCACAAAGAAUUAGAAACUGGAAAAGGAAGGCAGUGGCAGACCAUGUGCGAAACCAGAUGCAACAGACGCCAGCAGCACCACAGCUUCUUGAUUCAGUUACAUACCCUUUGACCGCCCCGACUCCCCCUCGUCUACCUCCGGACACUAUCCAUGAAGAGCUGGAACCGUCGACUAUGAAAUUAC